GCGCCACUCUUCAUCGACCCCUUUCACUGCGGCUCGAAAGCUGAGCGGACUGGCCCGCUUCUCAUCCAAAUCACAGCUAGCUUUCAUUGUGAAAUAUAAAAAACACUUCUGCUUUGUGACACCGCCUGCUCCUUCGCAAAUGCAAGCAAUUAAAUGCGUGGUGGUCGGCGACGGGGCCGUGGGUAAGACCUGUCUGCUGAUCAGCUACACCACCAAUGCCUUCCCCGGAGAGUACAUACCCACUGUCUUUGAUAACUACUCUGCCAAUGUGAUGGUAGAUGGGAAACCAGUGAAUCUGGGUCUAUGGGAUACAGCAGGACAGGAAGACUACGACAGACUGAGACCACUGUCCUAUCCACAGACGGAUGUGUUCUUGAUAUGCUUCUCCCUGGUCAGCCCGGCCUCCUUUGAGAACGUCCGAGCUAAGUGGUACCCUGAAGUGAGACACCACUGCCCCAACACCCCUAUUAUCCUGGUGGGCACCAAGCUGGAUCUGAGAGAUGACAAGGACACCAUCGAGAGGCUGAGGGACAAGAAGCUGUCCCCCAUCACCUACCCCCAGGGCCUGGCCAUGGCAAGGGAGAUAGGUCAGUGCUGUGAAGUACCUGGAGUGCUCGGCCCUGACCCAGCGAGGGUUGAAGACUGUGUUUGACGAGGCCAUCCGCGCCGUGCUCUGCCCCCCGCCCGUCAAGAAGAGGGGCAAGAGGUGCACCGUGUUCUGAGGGCUCUCAUUGGUCCAGGAGAAACAGCCAACAUGGCGGCCAUCGACAUGACGAUACGUCUGGUACUACUAAAACAUCACCAUAAUGACCACUACUUCUCUUCGGGACGAAUCCUGACUUGAGACACCACGUAAUGGCAAUUUAACUGAUGUUUGUGUAAAUAACACAUUCAUGUCUAUGGAAUAUUUGAUCUUAAGUUAGGAUUCGGCCCUAAUGGAAAGAGAAUUACUGGACUUUUUUUUUUUUACAGUAGGAAAAUGAUUUGAUCAGGUGUAAAGAUAUGCGUUGUCAAGUUGCCAUUUGUUUGUUUUACACAGAGGAAAGCACUCCUCUGUGGUCAGUUAAAGUGUCUACUCUCACCCUCCUCCCUCUCAGUCUUGUUUGCUUGAAUUGAUACAGGACUCAAAACAGCCUGUAUUGCCUGAGUAAUGCCUCUGAUGGAGGUGCUUGCAUGGGUCUAAACAAUCUGUCUUCAUUUUCCCAACGUCCUUUGUAUAUGUUAAUUUGCAUUGGUGUGUGUGUGUGUGUGUGUGUGUGUGCUUGCAUGCAUGUCACUGUAUGUGUGAGAGAGUCAAGUUUCAAGCAUUGUCAAGUUUUUGGUACUAUUUCAUAUUGUAUUGUAGUGAUACACAAGACUCUGCAACAAACUGUCGACUCAAAAAAGAAAAGGGAAAUGGAUGAUCACAAGCGUGGUCUGUUUUAUGUGUUACCCAAACUAAGUCUAGUAAUGUCAAAAAUAAUCAUUAAAAAAAAACUUUGAGGAGGAAUGCAUUAUCGAUAUAUCUAUUUAUUAUGUACCUGAAUAUUUUUCUUUUUAAUUCCAGACAAUUCAAAAUAAAAGGAUAAUAGUAACUCACUUUGAAUCUAGAGGUAUCAUAUUGCAAAAAAAUAUAAUUAAUUAACCAGUGCAUUUCUGUGGUUGUUGUAGACCUGCAGUAUAACUGUAUGUCCCACUCUGGUGGUGAGAUACAGAACUGCAGUCUUCUCCAUCAUGACGUUUUUGGUUGGCAUAGCAACUGUGUGGUUGAAUAAUGUGUCUCUGAGCCUGUCCAAGGUGUCAAUACUGGCUUUGGGUAGAAGUUUUCCUCAGGCACAGAUCUAGGAUCAGUUUACCAUUCCUCAAUGCAAAACUGGUCUUAGAUCAGUGUCUAGGGGUAACUUCAUCCUAUUCCUUAAUACUGUAGAUCAGAAUUCUGAAAAGCUACUAAAACUACUACUGCAUGGAUAUGAACUGGUGAUUCGAGCCCGUUGUUAUUAAAAAGAAAGCUUUUUUUUAAUGCACUGGCAAUGUACUGUAAGAUGACUUGUAUAAUGGUUUAAUUGUUUGUCUUAUUUUUUAUGACUUCACAUGUCAAUGUCGUGAAAUCUUUCAAUUUUGUAUAAUAAAUACAAAUGUAUAUGUAA